CUUGCAUUUUAGUCGUUUAGUACGCUGUUUACUAUUGAACAUCAGAAGGCGCUUGUUCUUGUUUGGAAUCAGCCGAAUCAAGUUGUCUCGUGGUUGUUGAAUCUGUACCUCUUGCUCCUCCUCUUCCAUCUGUCUCUUCUUCCCUUCUCCCUUUACGUCGAUGCACCCGGCGUCCCACAACGCCCAGAAGAAACCGCACGACAUGGGAGACGACAAGGGCGACAAAAAUGAAAAGCCGGUCGUGAAAACUCUCAGUCGGGUUCCACGUGCUUGUAAUGCGUGUCGCAAGCAAAAGAUGCGAUGCGAGGGCGCCGAUAAUCCGCCGUGUCGAAGAUGUCGGAAUACAGGUCUCGAAUGCAUGUUUGAGCGUCCAAACCGAGAAGCUACCUUGACGGGCGAAGCGGGUCUCGAGCGAAUCCGGAGCUUGGAGGCCCACGUUGUCGAAAUCAGGCAUAGCCAGUCAACCAUCCUAAAUUCUCUUGCAGAAAUACAGGCUCAACUACGAGGCUCCGUCUUUCCGGUCCGACCCCCUCCUCCAGAAUUCAUGGGGCCUUUUCACCAUCAUUCACCGAUUAUGCAUUCUCCUGCUGCUCAAACACCUUCUACAGUCCACUCCCACUCUGCUGAUAUUCAGCCUUCACCCACUGGUGCCCCUCCCAUGUUCAACCGCGGCCCGGGUGCAAACACGCCCGGAGCAUCACGCUCCUCUCGACCACCUUACCCAGGUGCCGCUCUGCCGCAGCAGAGCCAGAUUCCCCCCACCGGUGAAUACACUGGUCCUCAGCCUGGCCCACCUAAUGCGUUCCCACCGAUCGCGUAUAACCCCGGCUUUCAGGGUCCGCAAGGCCCGGUUUUACCGCCAUUUUCCAGCAUACAGUCGAUGGGCCAACCAACAAGCCCACAACAAGCUCAAGGGAAUGUUUCUUCCGUGAGAUUCUAUCCUCCGGAUAAUGGUCAGCCUGACCAACGAACCCCGCAUAUGGGAACUAAACGCCCAGCGACAAGUGGCGAGUCUUCUGAAUUGGAUGAAGACGAUGGCGAACUUCCUGCUUCCGGACUUGUCGCACCUUGGGAAGUUUUACGAGGCUUGGCUGAUGUGGCCAUUGAACGAGCAGCCAAGGAAAACGGUGAUAGCAGUGAUGCCCAAAGCCGACCACGAACUCCAAUUUCAGAUUCGCAAGCGAGGCCCACUAAGCGAAGGAAGAUACGACAUAAGGGAACUAGGGUGCUCACUUUCCCCGACGUGGUUACAAAGAACAUCAUUAGCGAGGCCGAAGCAAGAGAUCUGUUCAGGAUUUUUUAUCAUGGUUGCUCGACCUUCUUGCCUGUCUUCGAUUCUAAUGUUGAUACAUUCGAAAAUCUCCACCACAGAUCCCCUUUUGCCGUCGAUGCUAUCUGUAUGGUCGCUUCGCACGUUCGUGACGGCGGAGGAAAAUCGAGUGAGAUAUACCUGAGGUGUUUAGAUGAAGUGCAAGCAAUAUCGUGUGCGACAUUGUUCUCCCCCGUUGCUCGGAUUGAAGCCGUGCAGUCUAUGAUACUUGUAUCAGGCUGGUCUGACAAUGGGUGGCUAAGUGGUGGUCAUGCUGUUCGGAUGGCUUUGGAGUUAUCUCUUCAUAAAGCAUGGCCCAAACUUCUCCAGCGUAUGAACGCAAAUAAAGCUAAUGCAGCUGAAGACCGUGAUUUGGUUAUAGCCAGUCGUACAUGGUUUACGCUAUAUCUCUUCGAGCACCAGCUAUCGUACGGAACUGGUCGACCUGCCAUCCUGAAGGAGGAUGAUAGCAUCCGGCACGCCCGUGCAUUGCUGCAACAUCCUCUUGCAAUAGAGGAUGACAUGCGAUUAGUUUCUACGUUGGAGUUGAUGGCUAUACGGGAAAAGCUGCAUAAUUCCUUAUCGCCAUCUGAAGGCCAAGUCCGUGAUUCAGAUUUUGAGGAACUGCGACGGGCUGACGCUGCCUUCCGUCAAUGGUAUUCAACGUGGGACACCGCAUUUUCUCAGAAGUACGAGGAUGCUGCAUUCUACCGGCAGAGCCUUCAAGUACAGCACCUUCAUGCUGAGCUGUUUCAUAAUGCCGUGGCUCUAAGAGGGAUCAAUGGCCCCGAAGAUGUCGAAAACAUGCCAGCCGUGCAAAGAGAUUUAGCUAUACGCUCGAUCCAGAUUGCGCAGCAGGGGGUUGACAUCACAAUUACUUCACCUGCCUACAAAGAGGGCCUGAAAUAUGCUGUGCACUAUACGCACGCUACAGCGACCUUUACGGCAUCAUUCUUAUUGCGUCUUGCCCGUCUUUUCCCUAAUGAAUGCGAUACCCAAGAGAUCAAGCACCAAGUAGAACGCUUGGCUGCUCUCAUGGCUGAAGUGCCGGGUAAACGGUAUGCAUUAACCUUGCAGUUGAUGCUCAAAAGAUUCCAGUCGCGGCGGGCGUCAUCAUCAAGCUCACGAUCGCCCACGAUUGGUCGUGAGCCCCACCGUCAGCAACUAUCCAUGAUCAUGGAUCAUGGUGGCCAAAACGCGGCCGCUGGAGUAACGUACUCUCCGUCCUACUCAAAUCUCACAGGAUCACCGGAGGGGCAGCAGAUAGUGGCGGCACAGGUACCUGGCCCUGUACCAUACCCACCGCAUCCGCACCAACAUCAGGACGCAGAACAGAUCUGGCGGGGAUUCGAGUCCACUGCUAAUGAGCAGCUUCCGGUAUGGAUCUCUGAUCAGUCGCUGGGUGGACAGUCCUUCCAGCAGCACGGGAUGGAUGCGUUCCUGCUACCCUCUGAUUACCUGCCGCCAGGACCGCAAAUCUGGUAGAUGGCAUUGUCUUUUAUGUUCUAUGUUUGUAUCUGGCUGAUUUGUAUUUUAAUACUUCAGAUAUGGGAUGUGUCUGUACUAGAGGUCGGCCUAUAUGCGUCCGUAUUUGGAAUGUGUUUAUGAUCGGUACCUGAAUAUUGAAUCUCGGUCAAUGCCGUAAUUGCGCCUUUUUUGGGAUUUGGAGUGAGAUGUGCAA